AUCACGACACAUUAAGAGCUUGUCAUCAUCUUCGCUCUGCAAAAUGUCUGCAAACACCAGAACAGUUUGGGUGGAGGUGGUGUGCAUGUUGUUCUGCAGCUCACUGGGUGCUGUUUGUUCGGCUCCUCUCUGUAUGAACACUCAGACCGGCUGUCACGUUCUCUCGCUGUCUGACCUGUUCGAUCGAGUCAUCCAACACUCCGCCCGGAUGCACGGCAUCUCCAACGACCUGCACUCUGAGUUUGAACAGCACUUCCUGCCGAGUAAGAAUCAGAUCGGUCGGGUCAGUCGGAACUGUCACACGUCGACCAUCCUCACCCCAAAUGGAAAGGAGAACGCCCAGAGGAUGGCGCAGCAGGAGCUGACCGAGGUGAUCCUGAAGCUGCUGCUGGCCUGGAGGGAUCCUCUUUGGCACUUCCAACAGAGCAUGGCUCACCAUCCUGACUUCACCAACUUCAGCUCCAACAAAGCACAUGAGAUGAGCGACAUGGUGCACGAGCUGCGUAAAGGCGUGGAGAAGGUGGCUGAGAAGAUGCAGAUGUCGGGGAUCAUUAGUAACUCUGUCAGCAGUUUUGCAUCUCCUGAAGCUCCCCUGCGGACCGACGGGCCAGAGUGGCAUCUGAUGAAGGACUAUGACCUCCUGUACUGUUUCCGUAGAGACUCCAACAAGGUGCAGAACUACCUGAAGAUCCUGAAGUGUCGAAUCGUCCCCGAGCACGGGUGCUGAAGACCAAGACACCAUGACGCUGGUUUGACUGGAGGAAAU